AUGUGGGAAAAACGUGCGUUUAUGCGUUACUUCGUCUUCGCGAUUUUUCUCAAGUUCACGUGUUGUUACGACGUCGAAAAGUAUUCGCUGCUUAUGCCAAAUGUGAGGCCGAACACGCCCGAGUUAUAUUUAUGCACCCCAGUUAGAGUAGACUUUGCAAGGAAUUAUUACAUUAUUGGUUUUGAGCCAAAUGCAACGAUGGCAACGGCCCAUCAUAUGCUCAUUUAUGGUUGCACUGAGCCGGGUAGUUCGAAGCCAGUCUGGAACUGUGGAGAAAUGGCGACUGCUGAAAGAACAGUAGACACUUUCCCUGCUUGCAAGGAAGGAACUCAGAUCAUCUAUGCAUGGGCAAGGGAUGCUCCCGAGUUAGAUCUACCAGAGGGAGUAGGCUUUAAAGUAGGCGGUGAUUCUCCCAUACAAUAUAUCGUGCUGCAAGUACAUUAUGCACACAUUGAUCGCUUCAAGGAUGGCAGUACAGAUGAUUCAGGUGUAUUUUUGCAUUUUACAAAACGACCAAUGAACAAAUUGGCUGGUGUUAUUCUAUUAGGAACGGGUGGUGUCAUACCGCCUAGGAAAAUAGUACAUAUGGAAUCGUCUUGUCGCAUAAAAGAGAAUAAGAUUAUCUAUCCGUUCGCAUAUAGAACACAUACGCACUCGCUCGGAAAAGUUGUCUCCGGUUAUGUAGUGAAGCCGAAUAAUGAAUGGAUCGAACUCGGCAAGAGAGAUCCAUUGACUCCUCAAAUGUUUUAUCCCAUUACUCAUAAUGUUACAAUUACAUAUGGCGAUAGAUUGGCGGCCCGUUGUACGAUGAAAAGUACACGCGAUAGGAAGACAUAUAUAGGUGGAACAAAUGAAGACGAAAUGUGUAACUUUUAUAUCAUGUACUAUGUGGAAAAUGAUGCUCCUCUUGAACAAAAAUAUUGUUUUACUUAUGGACCACCUUUAUAUUCUUGGAAGCAAGAGUUGAGUAAUAUCCCGGACCAGGAGGCAUCUACUUUAUAAUACAGCAAUGUUCUUGGCACAAAAAUAGAUCGAUUUUCUUUUAUCAUUAGAUAAAAUUCAAACAGGUAUCUGCAGAUUGUAUAUUUAAAUGUGUUUGAAUCCUAUUCAUCAGUGAGAUAGGGUCCAUAUUUGGGGACCAAACCGUCUUAACGCAGAUUUUUGGUAUUUUUUUUAAUACAUCGAUUAUUUCUGUAACGCAGCUUUUACUAAUUUGUUUUUCUAUUUUUUUCUAUAUAUUAAAUUUAGAAUUACUUGAGUGAAUCUUAAAAUAAUUUGAAGGGAUUUUAUCUCAGAAAGAUGAUUAUCAUUUAUUCAGUAUACGCACAGAUUAGCACAAAUUAACUUCUAAUUUUAUUUUUUUCUUAAUAAAUAAUUAUAAAUUUUGUGAAUACUGAGAAUAUCAAGGUACAUUGUACUUAUUUUAUGUGAAUACUUAAAGGACUCGAUAUCAAUUUAUAACGUUGGAAUACCUCUUCUUGUCAAUUCUUAUAAAUAUGACACACGAUCAUUACUACAAAUUGCCGCUCGACUAUAUGUACGCAAUACGAAUAAUUUUCGGUGACAAAAGCAAGUCUAAAUUGAUCAUUGUAAAUUAGCUUUUUGUCUCAAUUAUUGCGGCAUACACUAAAAUAUCCCCUGUGAAAAUAGUUAAAUUUACAUAAGUUAAUUUCAAAUAUCAUAUUCAUUCAAUUAGAGAGUUGGCAUAUAUAUAUAUAUAUACUAAAGCGCCAUGCAGAUGUGAUAUAAAAAGUUAACAUUAAGUUUAGGCCUAGUGUUUCGGUUAAUAUUUAUCGAUUAUAAAUAUUUGAAAAGACAAUUAAAACGGAAACAACAUACAAUAUAUGCUAUAUAUACAUAUUACUUUAUUUUAUUAAUCAUUUUAUUAAGGUACUCAGGAUUUGAAAAGCAGCUUGUACAAUGCAUUUAAAUAAUUUGAUGAUGUGCAAGAAUUAUAAAAAAGAGACGCAACUAUUUAUAUUUUAUUGAUCAUGUUAUAUAUGUAUAUAUGUAUGUGUGUGUCAAAGAUAGUGGCAAUCUUUAAUUAUUGCGAGAAAUCUCUUUUAAUAUUUCCUCUAGAUUGUACAUAUACUCAGGAAUCUCUACUCCUCGAGACUGCAUUUAAGUCUUAAAUGAAGAGAAAUAGAUAUAAUUAUACGUAUUUUUCGCGAUAUCGUUUACGAAUAAUAUUUAUUUUCGAAGAUAUGUAUGCGACAGUCGCCUCUGAAGGGAAAUCUAAUUGUGAGACGUGGAUUUCAAUAAAUGUCCUACGCAAAAGUUGCCGACGUUUCGUUUCACGCAAUUACAAAAUGUCCGAAGUGAACCGAUCGCUUCAGACAUUUCCUGCGAAGUACGUCGACCUAACGAUGCACUCUCGUAAUUGAGUGCAGCGUCCUUAUAUAACCCGCGAACAAUACCAUAUCACGUAGUCUGACGUUAAUAAAGUUUCCUUGGCCAGUGUAUACAAUUGAUGGUCUUUUGUUUGCAUAUGUUUCAGGCACAGCAAAUUAUAUUACAGGCAUAGAUGUAUUCGCCAUAUGUAUAUGCGUUGGCGUGCAUUUCUAUUUUUAUAUCGCUCUGAAAUUGUAUACUUGAUAUACAUGGCGUUCCAUAAGUCGAGGUCAAUCACUAAAGAGGAUAAAUGAGGACUCAAAGACAAGAAAAUAUUGAUAUGAACAUGAGUCUAAAAUGCGUUGUUUUCGAAUUAUCGCUAUUCGAAAGAAAAACCUAUCUCUUUUUUCAAUUUUGACAAAAAAAUUCGAAAGCAAAGCAAUUUCCAAUUUCAAUGUGGCAAAAAUGGCGAUAGUUCGAAAAACAGCGCAUUUCCGGAUCUCUAUAUUCACAUUAACUUUUUUCUUGUAUUCGAAUCCCCAAUCAUCUUCCGAGCGAUUGAUCUGCGUUUCUUGAAACACCUUGUAUAAUCCAUCAGCGACGCGUCGUGUCGCUUUCCAUUGCUUGAAAUAAUUUAUCAAACGCGAUUAAUUUUCAUUUCACGCGAAGUCACGUGUCGCUGCAAAAGGAAACGCGGAUUAAAGAGAUUGGAGUUUCAGCGGUAAUAGCGUCUCUAAUAGAUCCGCGAAAACGAGUCGUGAAUUUCCGCGAUUUAAACUAAGUACAGACGUUUCCUACGUGCAAUUCGUGGUUUCAUUAAACAUAAAGGGUGCACAUCAGGAGAGAGGUAGUCUCGUCAGGGUUUUUAGUACCGCAAUAAAGCACGUUUCGCGCGGCUUUACGUCAGAUUUAUCGUGCGCGCUUUCUAUAGCAACAUCUCGCUCGUCUCCGGUAUGUAUUUUCUCGGAGUCUCUCGAGUCUGUCGAGAUCGAUCGGCGAAAAGCUAACGAAUUAAUACACCAUUUCACGACCUGGUCCGAUAUACUGGAUCGCGCUCGGCUGUGUUUGUUACGUCUAACGUUCACGCGUAGAUCGAGAUCCGGUAAAUUAGCUGAUCCUCAAUUAACCGUUAUCCACCAAUCUUAUUUGCUGAUUACGAAAUUACAUUCGUACGGAACUUGACGAGAAGACUGAUCAUGAAGCGGGACUAUUUAUAAGUGAUAGGUGGUGUAUUCAAACGACGAGCGGAAUUAAUUAACCUAAAUGGAGCUGCGGGAAUUGACUAAUCGAUUAUCUUACUUAGGAGCGCCCCCGUUUUGUCUACAUUGUGCAGAAUUGUCAGCGAUAUAUACCUGUCAUAUAUAACUUGCGGUAUAAAUGAUUGAAUAAAUAUUCCGACCAUUA